CAACGGCUUGUUGGUUUGGACUCGUGUGACCACAAACAUGCCGGUUGCCCCUUCCCUCGUCCCUACCGGUACGGAACACGCAUUGCAACGAAAUCCGAAUACGAGCACGUACCGUACUCGACAUGUCCCCCACACCCUCGAAUUCCAGCGCUUGGGUGGCACUGACCGCCUUCGCCGCCGGUGCGGCCACAGCCCUAGUGGCCUCGAAGAUCCUUAGCGGCAACAAGACGGACAAAAGAAAUGCCGGGGCCACGAUCGAAGGAGAAGAUCUCAGUUUGUUCUACGGUGACGUCGAGGAACUGACCACCAUAACGCCUUCCAGAAAGUUCCUGCCGGAGGAAUUGUAUGGGAAUCUGGUCCGGGACUGCAUUGUCUUUUGCGUCGACAUCGUCCUGGUGCGAACGAGCGAAGGCGGCAAGAAGGAGUGCCUCCUGGUCAAACGAUCCUCGGAGCCCGUCAAGGGGGCUUGGUGGUGGCCCGGCGGCAGAAUGCUCAAGGGCGAAACCUUCUUCGAUGCCGCCGAACGAAAGGCCAGGCAGGAGACCGGUUUGUCGGACGUGACCUGCGUUCAGGUCCUCGGGAUAUGGAACACCUUCUUUCCGACCUCGAACUGGGACACCGAUGCCGACAAGGGAACGCAAACGGUGAAUGCCAUCGUUCUCGUCGAACUGAACAGCGGGGGAGACGUCGAACUGGACGACACCAGCGAGGAGUGCCGCUGGAUUCCGCUGGAUCCAGAAGUUGCAGAAGCGAACGGAGAAGACAAAUACGUGCUGCAGGGUUUGCUUCGACUGAAAGCCUGGAAUCCAAGCUACGCGAAAUAGUUCCAGGGCGCAAACAAAGCAAUGUUUUUCGGCGUGGUUUGUGCUAUCAUUGGUGUGUUGGGCUGGAACGACCAAUUAAAAUACAUGCAUAUGGAUGGGAUGUCGCAAAUAUUAAUUUAGUUUAGCAACAGAGACCAGAGAAUAAUGUUUUAGCUCACAA